UCGGUUACACCGUCUCUCAGGCACCUCCUCUCCCGGCCUCUCCUGCCUCCCCUCCGAGAUGAGGCUGGGAUCGGCGCUCCGGGCCAGCCCGCACCAGUGCUAGGCUGGGCACCGGGCUGCACCGGACAGACGGACCCGCGGACGGUUGGACUGCCCCGGCGCCCAGGAGAGGAGAAGCCGCCCCCGCUGUCACCAUGGACCCUCCAUCCCUGGACGCAGCCAUCCAGAAUGCCCUGGCAGGCCUCUACCCACCUUUUGAGGCCACAGCGCCCACUGUCCUGGGGCAGGUGUUCCACCUCCUGGACGCUGACUUCCGGGGGGACGGGCUGAGCUUCCUCCUGGAUUUCCUGAUCCCUGCCAAGCGCCUAUGUGAGCAAGUCCGAGAAGCAGCCUGUGCCCCCUAUACACACUGCCUCUUCCUGCAUCAGGGCUGGCCGCUGUGCCUGCAGGACAAGGUUGUGGUCCACCUGGCCCCCCUCAAUCCCCUCUUAUUGCGCCAGAGUGACUUCUACCUUCAAGUUGAGUCUCAGGAGGAGCAGUCUGUCUGCAUCAUGAUCAAGUGCCUCUCGUUAGACCUCCGCACAGUGGACACGAAGCCUGUUCCUGUGUCAUCCUACCCGACACUGUUCACCCAGGAGUGGCUGGAGGCCUUCAACAAUGACUUUGAGGGAAGUCCCCUACACAACUGUCUGGUAGCUUCAGAAGAGGGGAUUGUUCCUGUGCCCUGGACCAAGAUAACCAGCCCAGAGUUUGUGGAUGACAAACCCCAAGCAGUGACUGUUCUCUCCCCGGCCUGGGGUUCCCUUCAAUUAGAGGCACUGGAUUUGAGUGGCCCCCAAGAGCUGCACCAGGCCAGGUCUCCAGGCAGCCAGGUGCUGCUUGGCCAGAGUUUGGCCAAGGGUAAAGACAAGACAUAUGAGAUUAAGUACCCCGGACUUAUCAAGGUGGAGCAAGCCAGGCCUGGGGAGGUGGCCUUCAGGAUGGACGAUGUGGCCAGCCAGAACUUAGAGGGAGAGUAUGUGGCUCUCCUGGACUUUUCCCAAGAGAGCAGAGGAGAGCCUGUGAGUAGGGAGGUGGACACAUCCCGUGGGUGUCCUAUUGGGGCACUGGAGGAGCUAUCUGGAACUAAAGGAAUCCCUUUGUCCCAAAGGAUGCUGCCUCUCUCAGGGACCAGUGGGGGACCUCCCCUGGGAAAGUGUGCUUGUGCAAAGCCAGCAAGCUUGGAGGAAGAUCCCUGCGUUUUGAGCUUGAAGAGAAAGGUCAACCAUAAAGCCCCCUCCCACAACUUAGAGCGCCAGCCCCAGGAGCCCUACCUCAACGUCCUUGAGAACCCACUGCACUGUGCCUCUGGCCUCAGAACAGAUGUCUCAGAAGAGUCAGCUGCCUCCAAGAGGCAGGGACCUCUGGGAAACCCAGAGAAUGUGGUCCAGCUCAGGCCUGGGCAAAAACAAGCAUCCUGUCCCCAGCUGUGCCCAGCUUCUCCUCCUGCUGCGCCAGCCCUUGAGACCAAGAUGGGAGAGAGGACCAAACAGGGAAGUGGGAGACUUCCCAAGCCCAUGACUGGCCCUGGUCGAAACACCUCCUCUUCCAGAUCCCCAUCUCUCGGACUCAAAUUCUCAUUCUUGAAGGGGCAGAGGCAAGCUCCCGUGCCCCCAGAGAGAGCCUCGCUCCAGCAUGACGGGCCCUGGAAGGCCUUGUGUUCACUCUACUCUCCCAAACCCAACCGAGCCAAGUGCUUGGAGAAAGAGAGGGUUGCACGAAAGUUCUCACUGCACAUGUGUGUCCUCUCUCCUCCAGGUGGUCGGGACAGGGCUGGGCGGCCCCUGCUUCUGGUGUCAACCCCCCAGGGGGCCUGGGAGGCACCAUGGUGCACAGCCUCAGAGGUCACCAAGCUGCUUUCCUACCUGUGCACUGUCCCCAGGCCAGAAGAUAAAACCAAGGGGCUGGCGGUGGUGAUAGAUGCCAGGAAGCAGCCUCUACACCCUGUCCUGGUCAAUGCCUUGGAAGCCACCCAGGCUCUGGACCCAGCCUCCAUCCAUGUCAUACUCUUCCUGGGGGAGAAGGAGACUGCUCUUCCGCUGGAGACAUUACCUGACGUCCAGGUGGAGGUGCUGACCUCCUUAAAGGCCCUCAGCCACCACGUGGACCCCAACCAGAUGCCCACAGCCCUGGAAGGCUCCUUCCCCUACUGCCACAGCGAGUGGGUGCAAUUCUUCCAGAAGUCAGACCCUUUCCUUGCUGACCUCCGCCAGGCCUCCUCCCUGCUACAGGCAUCCAUCAAGGAGUUUGAGAAGGGUGACUCCCCUGGAGGGGCACAGGAGGCCUCCAGGUGUCUGAACAAGUCCAAGGAGCUGAUGGAGGCUGUGCUGAGGGACCCAGUUCUGCUGGGCCUCCAGCGGGAAGGCGGAGCCACCCUGGCCAGGCUGCAGCAGGAGGCCAGCAGGCUGGACUUCAACCCAGAUGUCAGGAGCCAUCUGGCUGAAGCCACUGCCCUCUAUAGCCUCGUGGACGAACAGCUGCAUGUCCUGGUCACCACAUCUAAUCACCUCCUGGGGAGGCUCGAGCUCCGCGUCCGCAUGGGCCGCCUGGAAGCUGCCAUCCACCAGGUCAGCAACUGGAUGGAGCAGGAAGGAAGCCGGCGCCUGCAAGCGCUGACCCCCAAGGACGGGAGCCUGGAGACAGUGCAGAAAGCCCACCUGGAAUUUGAGGACUUCUUCUUGCAGGCUGCAGCCCAGUACCGGCAAGGUCUGGAGCUGUCCAAGCAGGCGGCCCAGCUGGGAGCCUCAGCGGGAGGGGCCCGCGAGGCGGGAGGAACAGAGCCCCCGGAGCUGGCUGCCUUCGCCUCCACGCAGCGGACCUUCCAGGCUAAGCUGACCCACUUCUACAUGGCUGCUGAGCGGCAGCGCACGGACCUGGAGACGCUGCUCCAGCUCUACCACUUCUGCAAGAAGAUGGCCUGGUUCCACAUGGACUGUCAGGACCUGAUGACCCAGCUCAGGCUGGGCAAGGAUCCAAAGGCCAGCCCCGGGGGCCAGCGCCGCCUCCACCGCUACCUGCAACGACUGUCGUCCGAGUUCCCUGCUGAGAAGCUCACGGCCAUGGGGCUGCAGGUGGCCUCGCUGAGCCGGGAGGACCUGGGCCAGGACCUGUGGGAGGAGGCCCGGGUGAGACACGGGGAGAUCCAGACCCUCCUGACGAAGGCGCUGGCCCACUGUCCGUGCCCACUGGGCCCCAGUGCCCACGCGGCACAGCUGGAACUACAACGGACCGCCGCCAAGGGCCAAGGUGUGAAUGGAGAAGUCACUUCCAAGGGACGGCGGGACCCGCCCUUCCAGGACUCCCUGGGCCUGGAUCGGUCACCAAAACCCCGCUGGCCUCCUCGGGCCGAGAGAGGCGGGCAGAACAGACAUCUCCAGGCAGGCCCUCUGCCCCUGGACGCCGGCCAGGCCACAGAGGCUGGUGAAGGCAAGGGCCCUCGCGAGCCCCUUGAUCCUGCCCCUGAGCGGCUUCUCACCUCCCUCUUCUCCUGGCAGCGGCUCCCCAGGCAGAGGCAGGUCCCCCACCCCACCGGGGGCAGCUCCUCCUCAGAGGGGACAGACUCACGGACGUCUCUGGAGGACUCGCCCCAGACAAGCCCCCCUGCCUCCCUCUAGCUGGGAGCAGAGUUCCCCCCACCCCCUGUACCAGGCUCCAGGGGUGCGGGCUGGGCCUGUUGCUGAGGGACCAAGCCCGUCAGGCCGUGGCUCCUGAGCACUGGGUGUGUGCAUGGCCUGUGCCGAGGGGCCAAGAACCGGUACCAGGAAACUCUGAGAAGUCCGGACCCUGGGAGGUCAGGGCAGGGUGCAGCAGAGCGUGGGGUUGGCUCCUUCACACCAGUACAGACCCUUCCAGAGGGCUCAGCCAUAGGCAGGACGAGUGCCCAGCUGGAGGUCAGGGGCACCCAGCUUCCCCUGGGGACACAAGGGGCAUCGCUGCCCUCAUACAGAACCAUGAGUGAGAGAUUCGGGAGUGGCUCCUGGUCUUAGGAUCCCACUGAACAGAACCCGAGACAAGGAUCCAGGUGCAUGUGUGUUUGAUAGUCACCCCAGGAAUCACUGGGAGGUGAGCCUGGGAAAGGAAUAAAGGGGGUGCUGUCAAGCAAAUCACUGCACACAACUCAUUGUGCCAUUGGCCUUGGCUGUUGACCUGCCGGAGACCAGUUAGUGUCCCAGGUAGGGGAGAGGGGGAGGGAGAAGGGGAGGGGGGAUGCCUGCUGCAUCUCUGCUCUCCAUCUCACUCGGCAACUCCAACCGCCACAGCCCUCACAUUCAAGGACCCCCACAGCCCGGUCCUUGCCCUCCAGAGAGAACCUUCGACUCCCUGAUGUUCUCUCUCUUCUCUUCUCCCCUCCUCCCCAUGUCUCCUCAGACACACACCCCACCCCCCACCCCAAGGCUUCACCUGUCUUUAGGCACAGCCUGUGGUGCCCAGAGUCCCGGGUUCUGCUGGUGGUAGGGACCGGACAAGGGUAGGAGCCAUGUCCCCGCCAGCAGGUGGUGCCGAGCGAUGGGGGACAAUGGCAGAGGCCUUUACACCUCUGAUCUUAGCGUAGAAGACAGUAAGCCCCCCACCCGCCCAGAGUAAGCCAACCCUUCCCUGAAUGUCACUGCCCUGAGAGAGCGUGGGCCCGGUCUCUGCCCAGGACGCAUACCAGCAUGGCCUCUGCCAGCCUAGCCUGGAAUUUUCCUGGCUGUGGGAAGAGGGUGCGGCACAUGUCCUCCCCCAGAUGAGGCUGUGGAAGGAGAGGGAGGCAGGACUGGAGCAGGCCCAGGAAGGCAAACUGGGUUUCUCAGGAGUUGUCACAGCAGAGAGAGCCACACAAACCUCAACGCCCAAAGUGACUGCAGGACCUUCCAAGACUCCAGUGUGGUUUGGGGCCUGUCUGCCUCCGAGCCAGCAGCAGGGCUGAUCUAAGGCAGCUUCCUUGGCCGGGGGCGGGUGCGGGGGGGGUUCCCCCUCCUGAUUAUUAAAAUCAGACCCUUGGGGCCAUCGGUGGCUGGAAUCUGCAUUUGUAACCAACUGCUCAGGUGUUUGUGAUGCGACACAGAGCAGUGGGGGCUGCUGUCUGCACACAGGGGGCUGAGGGCUGAGUUAGCCCCCCACCCCAAGCCAGCUCUCAUUCUUACGUUCCUCCCUCCUGUCUCCCAUCCAGGCAGGCCUGAGAAUGCAGGAGACAUUUGAUCAGCCAAUCUCCAUCUAGGCCUGUCACCUCAGAGGGGGGCCGAAGGCUCUUAAAUGCUGUUGCCAUAGCAACAGCAUCCAGCAAGUGGGGACCACAGGCAGGGAGCCAGGGUACCUGGGGUGCAAGGAUAGAAACUGACUUUGGAGGAGAGACUAGAGCUACUGCGAGGGCUGAGGGGGGCUGAGGAGGGGGAUGGGUGAUCCAAGAAUCCUUGGGAGGGAGGGGGUCCCCAAAGCCAUCUUGUGCAUCCGCUGUCUCCAAAAAGAACAACCUGUUUACUCACAUCAGCCCCUGGGGAAAAGGGGGUCCAGAAAUGAAAUGUAAUAAUAAUAACAAAAAAGAAUGA